UGGAGGAGGUCCGCGGAAAGUUUACUGUGCGGCGGCAGGGCCGCCCCUAGGGAUGCGCUCCGCUCUCUCCACUUUCCCCGACCGAGUCGGGUCUCCCUGCGCGUCCGAGCCCGGCUAGCCAUGGAACUGUGCUCUCCAGUCCUGUUGUUGUGUGCCUCGGUCUCCUUGCUGGGAGGACUGACUUUUGGCUAUGAGCUGGCCAUUAUCUCUGGAGCACUGCUGCAGUUGCAAUUAGACUUUGGGCUCAGCUGCUUUGAGCAGGAAGCUCUGGUGGGGACCCUGCUUCUUGGGGCUCUCCUGGCCUCCUUAGUUGGAGGGUUCCUCAUUGACCAGUAUGGGAGAAAGAAAGCCAUCUUAUUUAGCAAUGCCAUACUGCUUGCUGGCAGUCUGAGCCUAAGCCUGGCAGGCUCACUGCCAUGGCUGGCCAUGGGCCGAGGCAUGGUGGGCUUUGCCAUCUCUCUGUCCUCUAUGGCCUGCUGCAUCUACGUCUCAGAACUGGUGGGACCUCGGCAUCGAGGCGUGCUUGUGUCCCUGUAUGAAGUGGGCAUCACCGUGGGUAUCCUCCUCUCCUAUGCUCUCAACUAUGCACUUACUGACACAGCGCAGGGCUGGCGGCACAUGUUUGGCUGGGCAGCUGCCCCAGCCCUCAUGCAGUCCCUUAGCCUCAUGUUUCUCCCAGCAAGCCUGUUUCCACAAUUCAAGGCUAAAUCAGACACCCAAAAAGGCCUCAUUCCGCUCCAGGGCCCUGAGGAAGCAGAAGAAGCCGCAUCCAGUUCCAGCAGGAAGAAACGGUAUUCUUUCUUGAGCCUCUUUAGGGCCAAGGCCAACAUGCGGAGUCGGACAGCCGUGGGUCUGGGCCUUGUGCUCUUCCAACAGCUCACUGGCCAACCCAAUGUGCUCUGCUAUGCAUCCACCAUUUUCCAUUCUGUGGGUUUUCGAGGGGGCUCUUCAGCUACCCUGGCUUCUGUGGGACUCGGAGGGGUGAAAGUGGCUGCUACCUUGGUGGCUAUGGGACUGGUGGACCGUGCUGGGAGGAGAGUGCUACUGAUGGCUGGCUGCGCCGUCAUGGCCAUCUCAGUCAGUGGCAUUGGACUAGUUGGCUUUACUGUGUCAAUGGACCCUACUCAGGGCUGCCACAUGCCUGCUGAGCCAUCCAACACAACCUCUGCCUCCAGGUUUCCUGCUUUCCAGGCAGACCCCAGCCUACCCCCUCUCCAAGGGGCCAGUGUGAACCAAGGAAGCUCAGACUAUCCCAACACAGGACUAACUUCCCUGAAGAUGGACACAUCUGGUGCCAGAGCCAAAGGGACAGUUGCUAAUUCCUCAGGAGUUCAGGGAGCUGUUCCUCUAGCUCAUGACUCACUGGCACAUGGCAUCAGUAACCUGGUUACCAACUCCUGGACCAGCAGGCACAGGGUCUUAAACUGGAUUGCUUUACUCUGCAUGAUGGCAUUCGUGAGUGCCUUUUCUUUUGGAUUUGGACCAGUCACUUGGCUGGUCCUCAGUGAAAUCUAUCCAGCUGAAAUCCGAGGUCGGGCAUUCGCCUUCUGCAACAGUUUUAACUGGGCUGCCAACUUGCUGAUCAGCCUCUCUUUCCUGGAUCUGAUUGGAGCCAUUGGCUUGUCCUGGACCUUCCUGCUGUAUGGGCUGAUGGCUGUGGCUGGCCUCGGUUUCAUUUAUUUAUUUGUCCCUGAAACCAAAGGCCAGUCCCUGGCAGAGAUAGAUCAGCAGUUCCAGAGAAGACGGUUCUGUCCGGGGAAAAUGAUCGGCAGCCAUCUGGGCCAAGGACCCAGCUCAACCUGGGCUCGAUACAGCCUGUUAGAUAUGUCUACUGCCUCCUGAGAUGCUCUAGCUUCAUGGAAGGAAAGAAGGAAGGAAAGGGAAAAGAGAGAGGGAGAGAAAAAGAGAGAGAGGGAGGGGGAG